CCAGCAGUGCGCCCACUAGCUCCACCCACCUGUGCCCAGCAGUGCACCCACCUGUGCCCAGCAGUGCACCCACCUGUGCCACUCUGCAGUGUCACACACCUGUGCCCAGAAGUGCCACCCACCUGUGCCCACCAGUGCCACCCACCUGUGCCCACCCACCAGUGCUGCCCACCAGUGCUGCCAGUCAGUGCCACCAUCAGUGCUGCCAGUCAGUGCCACCAGUCAGUGCCCAGGGGUUGUGCCAGUCAGUGCCCAGCAGUGAUGCCAGUCAGUGCCGUCUAUCAGUACCCAUCAUCAGUGUCACCUAUCAGUGCCGCCUAUCAGUGCUGC